CGGUUUUGCCGAUAGGUGGUGCGGUGUUGGAGGGAGCUUCUGAGCUUGUGACUAUGUUGCGACCAUGCGAGCUGUCGUGUGUAUACUGAUACGAUUGAAGCUCCAGCCAUCGUUUCCUGGAUUCUGACCACUGUAGGAGCAGGUUCUUCUCAAUCGAGCCAUGGGUAUUCGUGGAGUUGUGCUCUGCGUCCUAGCAGUGGUACUUCAGUCGUGUACUAUAGCAGAAGUUAGAGCAGACAAUGACGAGAAGCCAAUCCUGUAUAAGGACGCCAGUCAACCGGUGGCUGUGAGGGUGUCGGAUCUGUACGGACGCAUGACGCUCGAUGAGAAGAUCGGCCAGAUGACUCAAAUAGAAAUUACUGUCAGCAAUGAAUCUUCUGUUUCGAAGUACUACAUAGGCAGCGUUUUGAGUGGCGGUGGAAGUGUCCCUGCGACCAAUGCAACCGUACAUCAGUGGACCAACAUGACGGAUUACGUCCAAAGGCUAGCUCUAAAAACGAGGCUCGGAAUUCCGGAGAUUUAUGGAAUUGAUGCAGUCCAUGGGCACAACAACGUCUACGGAGCUACAAUUUUUCCUCACAAUAUUGGGCUAGGCUGCACGCGAGAUCCAGCCCUUUUGGAAAGAAUCGGUUCUGCCACUGCUCUUGAGGUUCGGGCCACUGGUAUCCCAUAUGUGUUCGCACCCUGCAUUGCUGUUUGUCGGGAUCCGCGGUGGGGACGCUGUUAUGAGAGCUACAGCGAAGAUCCAGAGGUGGUGAGAAGCAUGACAACUAUAAUUGAUGGGUUACAAGGGAGGUCUCCAGCUGACAGGGAGGGUCCAUAUGUGCAGAACAGUCGAAAGGUGGCAGCCUGUGCAAAACAUUUCGUCGGCGAUGGAGGUACUACGAAUGGAAUCGAUGAGAAUAACACGGUGAUCGACUAUGAUGGGCUUGUAAAUAUUCAUAUGAAGGCAUAUCCCGAUGCCAUUGCAAAGGGAGUAUCCACAGUUAUGGCCUCUUACUCUAGCUGGAACGGUAUAAAGAUGCAUGCGAAUCGGUUUUUACUCACCGAUGUGCUCAAAGGGCAAUUGGGAUUCAAGGGAUUCAUUAUCUCCGACUGGCAAGCUGUGGAACGGAUCACAGAUCCUCCAGGCGUCAAUUACACGCUCGCCACAUACCUUGCACUUAAUGCAGGCGUUGACAUGGUAAUGGUGCCCUACAAUUACACGGACUUCAUAUCUGUCGUUAAAAACCUGGUCGCCGCCAAGCAGAUUCCGAUGUCUAGAAUCGAGGAUGCUGUGAAACGUAUCCUACGCGUUAAGUUUGAAACGGGUCUCUUCGAGAAGCCGUAUGCUGACGAGAGCCUGAGAUCAUUCCUUGGUGCACCGUCUCAUAGAGCAUUGGCAAGAGAAGCAGUGCGCAAGUCGUUGGUGCUUUUGAAGAAUGGCAAGGGAUCUCAGUCUCUUUUGCCUUUAAAUAAGAACGCCACGAAAAUUCUCAUUGUUGGCGCUCAUGCCGAUGACCUCGGCUUGCAGUGUGGGGGCUGGACCAUCACCUGGCAAGGCCAAGCAGGAAACAAUAUCACAAAAGGAACGACCAUUUUGAAAGGCAUCAAGCAAUCCGUAAGCGCAAACUCUAAGGUUGUGCACUUGGCCAAACCCCGGACAGGCGCUGCGAAGAACAAGGGGUAUGAGUACGCGAUAGUGGUUGUCGGUGAGGAGCCGUAUGCUGAAAUGUAUGGGGACAAUAUGAACCUCACCUUGUCCAGUUCAUACCAGGAGUUGAUCAAAGACACGUGCUCGUACGUAAAAUGUGUCGUGGUGAUGGUCUCCGGCCGACCGCUCGUGGUGGAGCCAAUCGUUAGCCACAUGGAUGCCUUUGUGGCCGCAUGGCUUCCUGGCACUGAAGGUGCUGGAGUUGCAGAUAUGCUCUUUGGUCGAUAUGAUUUCCAGGGAAAACUCUCAAGAACAUGGUUCAAGAGAGUUGACCAAUUACCCAUGAACGUCGGCGACCAGAACUACGAUCCUCUGUACCCUUUCGGAUUCGGGUUGAAAAUGGGCCUAAACGACAGGUAGGUCUGUUUCAGAGCCUGAAUCUCCUCUUCAGACCCAUGAGCCAAUUUUUGUGAGAGGCUAAUUUUGUAGUUCCACUGCUUUACGUUUCGGGACGAGAGGGUUGAUCAUUGUGUUUGAGAUCUUUAGCUAACCAUACAGAUAGUUGAUUUCUCUUCAUUCCAAGUAGCUUAUUUUUAUUGCAUUAAGUGAAAAUAAGUUAAGCAGCAUAUCAUGAUUUUCCACAUUGCACAAACUGAAAUAUUAUCACAUCAUACACCAUUGUCCGAAAUUUCACUUACUAUCUUCAUUUUGAAGAUUUGGACUUUAUUUUUAUAACCUUCAAGAAUGCCUGAAAGUACGUUCCUGCUAGAGUUUCAAUAGUGUACAGGUUGCUGUAGAAGAAAACUACUCUAAAAACCUUAUCAAGGAAAUAAGUUGGAUUAUGACUUGAAUAAUCCCUUCAAUCCAUAACAUUUGUUAUCGUUCACAUGCACGCUAACAGUGUAAUGUCCCACGAAACACUCAAAAUAAAGGCACAAUUGUUUCUUCGUA